UAAAUAAUAAUUGAGUUUAUUAAAUGGUUUAUUAUCAAGCCAAUAACAAUAAAAUAUUUAAAGUGAUUGAUUUUUCUCAAUUGUAUUUAGUUGAAAUGAUAAAAGAAAAAAACAAGUGCAUUUAUUUAUAAAGUGCUGCAAAAAUGGUGUUAAUGAUGGUGUAAUCAUUGAAUCUGCUGAUUGUUGCUGAUGGAAUCAUCAUGAACCACUACAUGGUGUUGGAGCAUUUUGAUGACCAACGUAGGAAGAUGAACAUCUGCUUAAAAGUAAAAGAGAUGGAUUUGGAUUCUUCAAGUCUAUUUACAUCGUACGACAAAAAUAAUAAAAAAAAAAAAUUAAUGAAAAAUGUAAACUGCCUUAUUGAUGCCAACUCUAAAUAAUUUUUGGACAACAUAACACGUGUGUUUAAAAAUAAAUAAAAAAAAAAUUUGUUAUUAUUUUGAACAAGCUCAAUUUGACAAGUUCAAAAAAUAAUUAAUCAAUUAAUUAAAAUAUAAUUAUUUUUAAUUAACAAAGGGAUUAAUAAACAACAACAAUGUCGACAAUAUUGGAGAAAAUUUCUGCCAUCGAGUCUGAGAUGGGCAGGACCCAAAAAAAUAAGGCAACAUCUGGACAUUUGGCAAUGCUUAAAGCAAAAUUAGCAAAAUUAAGACGUGAAUUAAUAACACCAAAAGGUGGUGGUGGUGGUGCUGGUGAACAAGGUUUUGAAGUUGCUAAAACUGGUGAUGCUAGAAUUGGUUUUGUUGGUUUUCCAUCUGUUGGAAAAUCAACAUUAUUAAGUACACUUGCUGGUGUUUAUUCAGAAGUUGCAGCAUAUGAAUUUACAACAUUAACAACUGUACCAGGUUGUAUAAAAUAUAAAGGUGCUAAAAUUCAGUUGUUGGAUCUUCCUGGUAUUAUUGAAGGUGCUAAAGAUGGUAAAGGUCGUGGUAGACAAGUUAUUGCUGUUGCACGAACAUGUAGUCUUAUAUUUAUUGUACUUGAUGUACUAAAACCACUUGGACAUAAACGUCUUAUUGAACAUGAAUUGGAAGGUUUUGGAUUACGAUUAAAUAAACAACCACCAAAUAUUAAUUUUCGUAAAAAGGAAAAGGGUGGUAUUAAUCUACAAACAAUGUGUACACAAAGUGAACUUGAUUUAGAAACAGUCAGAACUAUUUUAUCAGAGUAUAAAAUUCAUAAUGCUGAUAUUACUUUGAGAUAUGAUGCAUCUGCUGAUGAUUUGAUUGAUAUUAUUGAAGGAAAUCGUGUUUAUGUACCAUGCAUUUAUCUUCUUAAUAAAAUUGAUCAAAUUAGUAUUGAGGAAUUGGAUGUUAUUUAUAAAAUUCCUCAUUGUGUACCAAUAUCUGCUCAUCAUAAAUGGAACUUUGAUGAUUUACUUGAAAAAAUGUGGGAUUAUUUGAAAUUAGUUCGAAUUUAUACUAAACCAAAAGGACAACUUCCUGAUUAUAAUUCACCAGUUGUUCUCAAUACUGAGAGACGAUCUGUUGAAGAUUUUUGUAAUAAACUUCAUCGAACAAUUGCUAAGGAAUUUAAAUAUGCACUUGUUUGGGGCUCAUCUGUAAAACAUCAGCCUCAAAAAGUUGGUAAAGAUCAUGUUCUCAAUGAUGAAGAUGUCGUUCAAAUUGUCAAAAAAGUGUAAAUAAGUGUGAAAAUUAUUAUCGACAAACAAUUUCAUCACAAUAAGUAAACGAAUGGUUUAAAAAACUUUCUCAAUUAACACAAAUUGAAUUUAUACAAGUUCAAAUAAAUUUAUAGAAUAAUUUUAAAAUAAAAAAUACUAAAACAAUUCAUACAAACGUCAA